AUGCUUUCUGCUUCUGUAGCGGUAUGGCUUUUGGCCGUAUCGUGCACUGAUAUUUCAAGAGUAUUGGCCCAAGAUACGGAGGGCUGGUACGAGACUCAUCCAGAUAUGGCCCGGAUCAAGCAUGUGAAUCAGGAGACUCACCAGAUCCUUGACGAGUAUGGAAGAACUAGGUUCUUUCACGGAACCAAUGUUGUCAUGAAAGAGGCACCGUGGUACAGGCCGUUUGAGUGGACUCCGGGUGUCUCGUCAUUCGGCGAACGAGAUGUUCAGAAUAUGCAGGACUUGGGGCUGAAUAUUGUCCGUCUUGGUCAUAGCUGGGCUGGUGCUGAACCAAUUCGUGGCGAGUACAAUCAAACGUUCUUGGAUAUCAUGAAGAAGCAGACAAAGCUGGCAGAAGAACACGGUAUCUAUGUGCUGGUGGACGUUCACCAAGAUGUAUUAGCUAAACAGCUUUGCGGGCAUGGUGUACCUGAUUGGUUCGUCAAGAAGGACUGGGUUACAGGAUUCAGAAGAUUCCCGUUUCCUCAGAAGCUCAAGCCAUUCACCACUGACAGAGACGGCUUUCCUUCGCCUCAAUCCCAAUGCAAUACUAUAGACUGGUCACUGAGCUACUUAUCCGUGGCUGUUGGAAACGCCUUUGGGAGACUUUACAAUAACUUCGACGGUCUGGGAGACGCAUUCGCUGCGUACUGGAAGAAACUGGCCUCAGAAUACGUUGACACUACUAAUGUCGUGGGGUACAAUCUACUCAACGAGCCCUGGGCUGGCGACACAUACGCCGACCCGACGCUGCUUGUGCCAGGAGUUGCCGACCGUAAAGCCUUGGAGGGUCUUUGGAACCGAGCAUCGAAAAAAAUACGCAUGGUUGACAAUGAUACGCUUAUCUGGUUCGAGGGCACUACUUUCGAUGUUCUCUCAGGCUUUAACAACGUACCUCUUGGGGAUGGAUCCAAGACAGUGCACUCAUUCCACUACUACAAUCCUCCGCAGCUGGGCCCGUUAAAAGAUACACUUUACAACCGACACAAAGACAAUGUUCGACUCAAGACCGCCGGUGUUCUUACAGAGUUGACGUUUUGGAUGGGCGAUGAUAAGCAGAUGACUGGCCUAGUGGAAGCCAUGUCGGCGACUGACGCAAACAUGGUAUCUUGGAUCUGA